CAAGCAACCGCGCUGGUAGCCGGGGGCCGGGGCCCUGGCGUGCAAAGAGGGCCUCGGCGGGGCCCAGCGGCCGGGCCUGGGAGGAUGCGGCCCGGGGCGGCCCGAGAGCUGAGCAGGGUCCCCGCGCCAGCCCUCAGCGGUCCCGGCCUCCUGAGCCGCAGCCGCCGCCCCGCCCCCGGGAGACAUGACUUCCAAGCCGCAUUCCGACUGGAUUCCCUACAGUGUGCUAGAUGAUGAGGGCAGCAACCUGAGGCAGCAGAAGCUUGACCGGCAGCGGGCCCUGUUGGAGCAGAAGCAGAAGAAGAAGCGCCAGGAGCCCCUGAUGGUGCAGGCCAACGCAGAUGGACGGCCCCGGAGCCGGCGGGCCCGGCAGUCAGAGGAGCAGGCUCCGCUGGUGGAGUCCUACCUCAGCAGCAGCGGCAGCACCAGCUACCAAGUUCAAGAGGCCGACUCGCUAGCCAGUGUGCAGCUGGGAGCCACCCGCCCACCAGCAUCAACCUCAGCCAAGAAAACCAAGGCGGCAGCUGCAUCGGAGGGCCAGGGUGGGGCCCCUAGGAAGGAGAAGAAGGGAAAACAUAAAGGCACCAGCGGGCCAGCAACUCUGGCAGAAGACAAGUCUGAGGCCCAAGGCCCAGUGCAGAUCCUGACUGUCGGACAGUCAGACCACGCCAAGGAUGCUGGGGAGACAGCAGCCGGUGGGGGCACACGGCCCAGCGGGCAGGACCUCCGUGCCACGAUGCAGAGGAAGGGCAUCUCCAGCAGCAUGAGCUUUGAUGAGGAAGAGGAUGAGGAUGAAAACAGCUCGAGCUCCUCCCAGCUAAACAACAACACCCGCCCUAGUUCUGCCACUAGCAGGAAGUCCAUCAGGGAGGCAGCCUCAGCCCCCAGCCCAGCAGCCCCAGAGCCACCAGUGGAUAUUGAGGUCCAGGAUCUAGAGGAGUUUGCGCUGAGGCCAGCCCCCCAAGGGAUCACCAUCAAAUGCCGCAUCACUCGGGACAAGAAGGGGAUGGACCGGGGCAUGUACCCCACCUACUUUCUGCACCUAGACCGUGAGGAUGGCAAGAAGGUGUUCCUCCUGGCGGGUAGGAAGAGAAAGAAGAGUAAAACUUCCAAUUACCUCAUCUCUGUGGACCCAACAGACUUGUCUCGAGGAGGCGACAGCUAUAUCGGGAAACUGCGGUCCAACCUGAUGGGUACCAAGUUCACCGUCUAUGACAAUGGCAUCAACCCUCAGAAAGCAUCGUCUUCUACGCUGGAAAGUGGAACCUUGCGCCAAGAGCUGGCAGCUGUGUGCUAUGAGACCAAUGUCCUGGGCUUCAAGGGACCUCGGAAGAUGAGUGUGAUCGUUCCAGGCAUGAACAUGGUUCACGAGAGAGUCUGUAUCCGUCCACGCAAUGAACAUGAGACACUGCUAGCACGCUGGCAGAACAAGAACACGGAGAGCAUCAUUGAGCUGCAGAACAAGACGCCAGUCUGGAAUGAUGACACACAGUCCUACGUACUUAACUUCCACGGGCGCGUCACGCAGGCCUCUGUGAAGAACUUCCAGAUCAUCCAUGGCAAUGACCCGGACUACAUCGUCAUGCAGUUUGGCCGGGUAGCAGAAGACGUGUUCACCAUGGAUUACAACUACCCACUGUGUGCUCUGCAGGCCUUUGCCAUUGCUCUGUCAAGCUUUGACAGCAAGCUGGCUUGCGAGUAGAGGCUCCCUCUGCCUUUAGGGUGGCCCAGUCCGGAGUGGAGCUUGCCUGCCUGCCAAGACAGUCCUGCCUACCCUCUGUUCAUAGGCCCUCAGUGGGCGCUCUGGCCUUACCAACCAGAAACCGGCUGCUCUGCCUCUGCUGCUGAAGCAGGGGAAUAGCAAAUGGGUAUGUAGAGAAAAGAGUAUUUCUGUGCCCCAAGGUCAACACACAUACCCAAUCUUGGGUCAGUACCCUGCCUCAGUUGUGUUUGUCACACUGGGCAGCCUCUUUAGCUGGAGGAAGCACAAGCAAGGCUGCUGUGGCCCAGCCGUCCACUCAGCCUACAAGUUGGAAGACAAUGGGUGUCCAGGAGGUAGGAGUACAGUGUUUGUGUAUGUAUAGGGCACUUGAGCUUUAUGUAGCAAAGGCCCUGGUGGGCAGCAGAAAGU